GACUGUCUGGGGAUGAGUGUGUCAGGCGGGGCUCCUGCAGCUGCCCCUGAGCCCCCUGCCCGGCGAGCGCCCACCCCGGGCCGCGCCCUGCUCCCCGGAAGGAACGCUUUGUGGCAUCUCUGCUGCCUUGUGAGCAAUUAAACAUGCAAAUAGCCCCUCGGAAAUCAAACUAAAUUCAAAGAAGACUCUCUUUAGAAGUAUGGCAUGUAUCAUGGAGAGCAAGAUUGUGGGAAAAGAAAAACAGCAACAUAGCUUGACGUUACUAAGCAAAAUUAAGAACAUGAAAGAAUUAGCAGAAAUGAUAGAUGUGGUGCUCAUAGCAGAAGGGGAGAAAUUUCCCUGCCACCGGCUAAUUCUGGCCGCCUUUAGCCCUUAUUUCAAAGCCAUGUUCACCUGCGGUUUGCUCGAAUGUGCUCAGAGGGAAGUCAUACUCUAUGAUAUCACAGCAGAGAGUGUAUCUAUCAUCUUAAACUAUAUGUACAAUGUGGAUUUGGACAUCAAUAAUUCUAAUGUACAGACUGUAGCUGUCGCUGCCUACUUUAUGCAAAUGGAUGAAGUCUUCACCAUGUGCCAAAAAUAUAUGAUGGACCACAUGGAUGCCUCCAAUUGCGUAGGAAUUUAUUAUUUUGCCAAACAUAUUGGGGCAGAAGAUCUGUCUGAUCAAGCCAAGAAAUAUUUAUAUCAGCACUUUGCUGAGGCAAGCUUACAUGAAGAAAUUCUAGAAAUCAAUGUGGACCAACUGAUGGGGCUUAUUAAAUCAGAUGAUCUUAAUAUUUCCCGAGAGGAGAGUAUUCUGGACUUGGUUUUGAGAUGGGUAAACCAUAACCGAGAAUCGCGCCUGGAGUCCCUUGUUGAACUUUUGAAACAAGUGAGACUGGGACUUGUGAAUCCUUCUUUUUUAAGAGAAGCAUUGAAAAGGAACACAGUGCUUCUAUGUAACUCAGAUUGCAUCGAUCUCAUCCAGGGUGCUUUAGAUGCCAUCAAGAAAUCCAAACAGCAUUCUCUAAAUCUCCGUUAUGGAAUGGAGACCACUAGUCUUCUACUGUGUAUUGGCAACAAUUCCACAGGGAUCAGAUCGAGGCACGGCAGCUAUGGAGAUGCUAGCUUUUGCUAUGCUCCCACAACACGGAAGACUUACUUCCUCUCUUCUCCGAAGUAUGGAGAAGGCUUAGGAACUGUGUGUACCGGGGUCGUUAUGGAAAACAAUGACAUCAUUGUGGCAGGGGAAGCCAGUGCCUCGAAAUUAUCUAGGCAAAAGAACAAGAAUGUAGAGAUCUAUCGGUACCACAACCGGGGAAACAAAUUUUGGGAAAAGUUAUGCGCCACUGAGUUUCGGGAGCUCUAUGCCCUAGGCAGUGUCUAUAGUGACCUUUACGUUAUAGGAGGACAAAUGAAAUUGAAAAACCAGUAUCUUGUUACAAACUGUGUCGACAAGUAUUCAGUGGAGCAUGACAAUUGGAAAAGGGUGGCCCCUCUUCCAUUACAACUGGCAUGUCAUGCUGUGGUAACAGUGAAUAAUAAACUUUAUGUGAUUGGAGGAUGGACCCCACAGAUGGAUCUCCCUGAUGACGAACCUGAUCGAUUAAGCAACCGACUGUUGCAGUAUGACCCUGGCCAAGAUCAAUGGCGGGAGCGGGCACCGAUGAAGUACUCUAAAUACCGAUUCAGUACUGCUGUAGUCAACAGUGAGAUUUAUGUGCUGGGUGGAAUCGGUUGCCUGGGUCGAGACAAAGGCCAAGUUCGUAAAUGCCUUGAUGCUGUGGAGAUCUACAACCCAGAUGGGGAUUUUUGGAGGGAGGGGCCCACAAUGCCAACUCCUCUCCUCUCCCUUCGAACCAAUUCUACCAAUGCAGGAACGGUGGAUGGAAAGCUGUAUGUCUGCGGGGGUUUUCACGGAGCAGAUCGGCAUGAGAUUAUCUCCAAGGAAAUCUUGGAGCUGAACCCAUGGGAAAAUCAGUGGAAUGUCGUAGCCAUCGAUGUCCUUAUGCAUGACAGCUAUGAUGUCUGCCUUGUGGCCAAGAUGAAUCCCAGGGAUCUCAUUCCCCCACCUUCAGAUUUAGUGGAAGAAAGAAGUUAAAGUUGAAAUACCAUUACCGUAGGGACGCCAGAUUGAACUGCAAAUGAAGGGUUUAGAACAGAGAAAGCCACACGAGUUCACCUUUGCUCAUUCAGUAGGUAUCAAGCACCUACUGUGUGUAAGGCACUGUGCUAGUAUAGUACUGUGCAUGGUUCAAGGAUUUGCCAGACACUAACCUUGCCCUCGCUGUGUUUAUAAUCUAGUAGGGGAGCUAAGACAUGUACACAAAUGAACAACUGCAAUGCAAGGUAGAAUAUGAUAAGUACCCCCCUUGAGAGGAACAAACUGAAUGUUUUGGCAUUCAUAUGGAUGGGGAGAGCCAUUAUAAAUGGAUUGGUCAGGAAAAGACAAAAUGGAGGCAGUAUCAGAACUUGAAAAAGGUGGUCAUCACAUCCCUGAACUAGAACAUUCAAACUGAACCUCGAAGAGUGAGUAAGACUCUGAUAUAUGGAAAUGGGUUAGAAUGGCAUUCCAGAUAGAGGAAAUGGCAUGAAGACAACUAUCAAAGGCCGAAAAGCCCAGUGUGUGUUUAGGAAAUACUGAAUAGGCCAAAUUGACUACAGCCCAGGGGAUUAGUUGUAUAUAAGACUGGAAAUAUAGAUUGGAGCUUGGUUAUAAAGGGUCGUAAAUGUGAUACUAAGUUUUUUGUAGAUGGUGAAAAGCCAAUGAGGGUGGGAACACUACCACAGGACAUUUUAGGAAGAUUCUGUUGUUUCCUUCCGUGUUUUCAGUGAUGAUCUUUUUUAUUGGUCUUUAUUGUGCAUAUACUAUCUGCAUCCUAUUUAGACUAUGUCUUCCUCUUGGCAACACUGACAAACAGCAUAGAGAAUACUGAAAUGGGGAGUCACAAUGUCUUAGAGCUAAAGAGCCCUCCAACCCUCCCCUGAGAGCUAUAUCAGGAUCAUGGGAUGAGGGCAAGGAGGUCUGGAACCCCUGAUCCAGUCCAGGGCACCCCUACUCUAGGUUAAAUUGGUACAUCCCAGAGACACCUCAAAAUGAACAUUUCCAUUUGUCCCCUUCCCCCCUAAAUCCUUCCCUCUUUCAAUCUUUCCCAUUUCUGUUACCUCCAUUCUCCUAGGUUCCCAACCUUGGUAUCAUUCUUGACUCUUCACUCUCCUUCACUCCGCAUAUCCAAUCAGUUGCCAACACUUGCCAUUUAUAUCUCUACAACGUCUCUCCAAUCCAAUCUCUUUUCUCUACUCACAUAGCCCUCAUCACCUCUCAUCUAGAUUGUCAAAAUGGCCUCCUAACAGGCCUCCACGAGUCUCUCCUCACUCCAGACCACCCCACACUUUGCUGCAAAAGGGAUUUUCCUUAAGCACACAUCUGAUUACAUGAUCCCCCUGCUCAGUACACUUCAGUGGUUCCCUGUUGUCUCUAGGAUAAAAUAUGAAUUCCUCUAUUUAGCUUUUAAAGUCCUUCAUAAUCUUGCCCCAACUUAUCUUUCUAAAGCUUCAUUAUGUAUUACUCCCUCUCCCAGGCUCUUUGAUCCAGCCAAGUCGGCCUUCUCUCUGUUCCUCACACAUGACACUCCCUGUCCUCGACUAUCCCCAUGCUUUUGCUCUGACCAUCCUCAGUGGCUGGCUUCUGUGUCUCUUAAAGGAAGUUGCCAGGGUUUGGAUAUGGAUCUGCUUGAAGAAAAGAGAAUCAGUGAAUUUAGGCAGCCCUUCUGCAGUGAAAAUAUAUGUGGCUGCAGCAGUUUUCUUGCUCAGAUAUUAUAGCACUGAGUCUCCACCCACUAUGGGCCCAACGGGUAUGUUCCAAUGGGAUUAUAUCUCCUGGGGUCGACUGCAGAUGCUGUUUUGAGAUUUGUGCUGACCCAGUCUGCAGAGGCUAAGUCAACAGGGACCUAGACCAGUUGAAAAUAUGUUCAGGAGAAUCUGCUUAUGGCAACACUGAUGGAGAUGAGGAGAACAGAUGGUAGGGCUGGUGACAAGGAAUUUUGUUCUCCAUAAUGCUGAGCGGUUUGAGUUCCCAGACAUGUCCUGCUGUGGCAUUUCCCAGGUAUGCCCUGAUGCUGUGCUUCUGAAUGAAGAGGUCAUGCCUCCUGGGAAAUGGCUCGCAUGCCUAGAUGAUCUGAAGAAAUUUCUCACCAUGGCACUUUGAGAUGGGUGUCAAUUUUCCCUUGUGACAUAAAUGGGCCAGUGCCUGGGUUGUGGGGUGGGCUAUCUGUGGAAAUCAGAGAAAUGAGGUCGCCUUUAUUCUCUUCUCUUCCUUUUGUACCUAUGGAAGAAAUCACUGUCCCCACCUAAAAUAUCCAUAAAUCCACCUAAAAUACCCAAAGCAUACCAAGGGCUGUUAUCACAUCUCCCUUAGAUGGAAAAGGCUUUGUUUUUCUAAUUGCUCUCUAUAGUCAUUUGGUGUUCAGAUAAUUUCCUCUACACUCCAUCCAGGACACCCAUGUUCUUUCCAAAGCAGGCACUUUAUGUAAUAUCACCAAUUAUAUACAACUUCAGAUGUUAUCAGUCAGUCAACAAGUAUUUAUUAAGCACUGCUGUGUACCAGAAGCUGUACUUGGUGCUGGAGGUGCAAAGACAAAAGAGAAACAGUCCUUGCCCUCAAGGGGUUUACAUUCAAUCUGGGAAGACAACAGUUACAUAUAUAGGUAUGUACAAAAUAGAUACAAGGGAAUGGGAGGGGUCAUUAGCAGCUAGGGGGCACUAGCCCAGCAUGUAAAUAACAAGGUAUAUGCAGCAUAUACGCGGACUAGAUCAGAGAAAGUCUUCUUGCACAAGGUGGGAUGUGAGCCGAGUCUGAAGGAAGCCAGAGAAACUAAGAGAGAGACUUAAGGAAAAAGAAUAUUUCAGGCAUGGGGGAUUUCCAGCACAAAGGCAGAGAGAAGGUUGACGAGGAUGUUAACCAGUAUAGCUGUAUCAAAAUUUGUGAAAGGGAGAGGGUGAAGGGGAGUCAAGUUUAAGAUGACUAGAGAGAUAAAAAGAGGCCAGAUGGUCCAGAGCUUUCAGUGCCAAACAGAACAUUUCAUAUUCUAUCCUAGAGAUAAUAGGGAGCCACUGGAACUUAUUGGGGGAGCAGGGAUGACAUAAUCAGACCUGCUUUAAGGAAAAUCAAUUGGGCAGGUCAGAUUGAUGUGGGGAGAGAAUUGAGUCAGCAAGACCCAAUUAAAAAGCUAUUUCAGGAGUCCCAAGGUUAUGAAAGCCUGCACAAGAGACUCUAAGAAGUACAUGAAAGAUGUUGUGAAGUUGGAAAUGAUAAGCUAUGACAACAGAUUUAAGAUAACUGGCUGAGGAGGGAGAAGAAGGGAUUUUUGUCCCCGUUUCUUACAUGAUACACUCAAGUGCCCAUCCCCUGGGAUUUCAGGGGACAUUUGUUCUCAUUACAAUAGGAGCAAUGGGAAGGAGUGGGUUUAGGGUGCCAUGUAAGUGCUGAUUGCAUGCAAUCUUUUAUCACCUAUAAAUGCAUAGAAGAAUUAUAUAAUAGCAGCUUUGAAAGGAAUUCUGAAAGCUUUUUAAAAAAAGCUUUUAAAGUUUAAAACUGCACUGAGACUUCUGGGACAGCUUAUAUAAUAAGAAUUAUUUAGAUUUCUCUAGCCCUUUAUAAAAUAUCACAAAACAGCCCUGUGAAGGAUUGGUUAGUUAAGUAUUACUGUCCUCAUUUUACAAAUAUAAAAAUGGAGCCUUUUCAAAAUGACUUCAUAUGGCUAAUUAGAGAUAAUGCCAGGACUGGAACCCAGGUCUUUUACCCACCCAUCCAUUUAGUGCUCUUCCCAUGACACUGCAUUGCCUUUCACUCUUUUAUCCAGUGCUGUACAGCAUCCCUGACUCUUGGUCCUUCUGGGUUUCGCUAUCUUCCUCUUUGACUGUAGAAGAUAAUUGUUCUUGUUAAUCAACCAUUGUGUUCAAUAGUUAUCACGUAGAGAAAGAAUGCUUUUUUUAGCAUGGUAAGGCAGCAAGACCUCCUUUCUUGCUGUAAUGCACACAGUAAUACUUAUUGGGUUGGUUGAAAUUAAUUCAUUCAACAAGUGUUUAUUUCUUGAAGGCCUACUGAGGGCAAAUCAUUGUAAAAAAAUCUCGAAGCAAAUGUUCAGUUACCAAACAGAGAAGGUGUCCUGCCAAGUACUCCCAGAAACCUGGAGACUUGAAACCUAACAGGCUGAUAUUUCAUUAAAAUAAUUGGUUGCCUGCCCUAUCAUUUUUAUUCUAUUAGGUCUAGAGUAGGAGCUCCUAAGCUUUCUUGUGUCAUGGACCCCUUUGGCAGUCUGGUGAAGCAAAUAGAUCCCCUUCUCACGAAAAUAUUUUUAAAUGCAUAAAAAUGUUAAAUGCAUAAAAUAUUUUUAAAUGUCUAAAAUAUAUGGGAUUACCAAGGAAACUAAUUGAAAUUAAUUGAAAUUGAAACUAAUUACAAAGGAAAGUAACUGAAAUCAAAUUAUCAAAAUAUUUUUUUAAAAUAUGUUUACAAGCCUGAGGUUAAGGACCUCUGAUGUAGAGACAAUGUGAUACAAUAGCCAGAGAAUUGGCCUUGAAGCUAGGAGGAUAUGGAUUCAAGUCCCAUCUUUAAGCCAUACUGGCUGUGUGGCCCUAGGGAAAUCACUUAACCUCUCAGUUGCUGUAGACUCAGAGAAGUUAGUAGAGGAAGUUCCUCUUCUUAUACCAGAGAAAUCUCGAGUCUAGUCUUUAUCCCAGUCUAGGGCUAGGAACAGUAAAUAUGAUCUGAGCCACCAACGAGGAAUUUUUUUUUAAUUGGAAAGAUGCCCCAAAUCAAUGAUAGUUUGACAAAUGUCACAUGUUAAGAAUAUUUGUUACUUCAUAAAUAUUCCCAAAUAUUGUCCCAAAGGAUGUCUUCAUUAAAGGUCAGACUGACCACCUAAUAGACUAGAGUCUUUAUUUCAUUCACUGCUUUCUCCUGUCUCCCCUUUUCUUUUCCCUGUGCAUCUUGAUAGCCAAUUUAGGACCAUUCAGGCUACUUACAUGUUGUCUGUGGUUUCCUUGGGUCCUCAAUUUAGCUUAUAAUUUCUUAUAACUGCUAGCACAGUGCCUUACAUGUAACAGGCAUUUAACAAACACAUAUUGGAUUGAGUUGAAUUAUGAAGAAUCGGAGGCACUUCUGUCCAUGCUGGACAGAGCUUGGGUUGUAAGCGUGGGCAGUUAAAUCCUGGCAUUCAGUGUAAGGACAAAAAAAAUGAAAUUUGGUCAUAUUGCCCUUCAGGGAAAUGUCUAAGUUAGAAAAUGUUUUUGUACAAAGGCAUGUUCAGACUUCCUGGCUAGAUAACCAACAGGAACCAGUGGGCAGGAGGCCACUGAUCUAAAGACCCAGCAAGGUGGGUGUGACCGUAGAGCUCAGUGGGAAACCACUUAUAGUUUUCUAUUCCUAUACAUUUGUUUAGUACCAUUUAGUGCACUCAGAAUCACUAAGUAGUUGGUGAUGUUUUAAAAAAAAAAAAAGGAAAGAAAACACCUUGAAAGAGCUUAGAGGAAUGAAAGGAUACUUGCCCUCUGGGAUCUUGGGAGGGUAUACAUAUGGGUCAGAAAUAGCAGCCAGGACUUGAAGUUCAGUGUUAGAUAUGAAGCUAUUUUUACUUUUUUUCAGGUAACCAUUUUUCUCUAGAGGGAAAAUUAAGGGUUCUGCUAAAUACUUGCUUGUUCCACCUUCUGGAAAAGUUUGCUUUUGGUCUAGGAGGGAGAGAGAGAAAGACAGAGAGACAGAGACAGAGAGAAGGAAGGAAGGAAGGAAGACA